AGCAUUAGUUUUGUAUUUUGAAUUCACUACAAGUCCGGAUUUUAACUCUUUUUUUUUGAUCCGGAAAAAAGCCUGGAUUUUAAUAAAAUCUAAAUUCAAGAUUGCCGCUGCGAAGCUCGACCUUUUACUGCAGGACGAUUCGCAAAGGAGGCCAAAAUGGAUAACGAUGCUGCCGAUUUAAAAAAGAAACGUACAUUUAAAAAAUUUACUUACCGUGGAGUUGACCUCGAUCAACUAUUAGAUUUAAGUAAUGAGCAACUUACAGGGCUUCUCCAUUCUCGUGCUAGGCGUCGAUGCGACCGUGGCUUAAAAAGUAAAGCUGCUCGUUUGAUUAAAAAGUUAACUAACGCUAAGAAACAAGCUCCCCCACUCGAAAAACCUGCUGUAGUUAAAACUCACAUGAGAGAUAUGCUUGUUUUACCUAGUAUGAUUGGUAGCAUAAUUGGAGUUCAUAAUGGAAAAACUUUUAAUCAAGUUGAAAUUAAGCCUGAAAUGAUUGGUCAUUACCUUGGUGAAUUUUCAAUGACAUACAAACCAGUUCGCCAUGGUCGACCAGGUAUUGGUGCCACACAUUCGUCAAGAUUUAUUCCACUUAAAUAAAUUUAAAUGAAUAAAGUUCUUCACACAA